AUGCUUCGUCGUCACAGCACCAAAAGGAAGAGGCCACAAACUCUUCCUCGCAGCAAGUCGGCCAGCUCCAUUGUUCACGGCAAGGAAUCUCAACUCGACGCAAUUCACGGGGUGGGCGAGAGGGACGCACGUAUCGCUGCACGCAUAUCCUUUGAGCGCUUCUACGGUCGCCACACUCAGGGCAUGGCACCAUGGUACUAUCAUCAAUCUGAGCAAGUCGAAGGCAAUCAAUGGACAGCUCACCAAAGCUUUCCCCGACAAACAGCUGCCAUGCAAGAUGGGCCUGAUGGGCUUCAAGGUCUUCGCCGCCAGAAGAGCAUUCGGUUCGCAGGGCCGGAUGGGCGUCCAAGGAAGCAUUUGGCAGGUCGGGCGAGCGGACGUUCCUUGAGGCCUAUGUCAACAGACCCGAGGAAGAACAUACGUGAUGGGAGCGUGAUCUCGGAAGACUGCAUGUCCAGCUACGAUUCGCAAACGUUAGAUCGCAUCCGAGAGCUUCGCGUCAGCGACGGCUACUGCACCCUCGAAGACGAUUCAGAUCCUGUGCCUUAUUCGCGACUUCGCAAAUCCAGAUCAUUGUACGAGACUUCGGACUCGCAGUUCAAAAGCGGCUAUUACAGCAAUGGCCCAAACCGUCAAGAAAGUCCAGUUCCGUUGUCUUUGCUACACAGCAACGUCGGAAAAGAGAACAGACCUCUCCAGGCCAGCACCAACCAGGGGCUGCGCGCACCAAAGUCGAUGAGCUUUCUGCGUGGCAGGCAUGAAAACACAAUGUCGCACACAGUCAGCCGCCUUGGGCUGGGGAUAGAUGAAACUGCAACCAUGGAUGAGUGUCGCGAAGCCGCGAGUCGUUCGGAACUCAAGUCUCAACCAUCCAUGCUCUUCCGAUCAAAGAUGAGACGCACUGAUGGAUCCUUGGGGCUGAGGAAGUCACUGCGCACCAGCAGCAAUAACAGCACAGCAUUAUCUUCGGCGUUUUCCGGCGACUCCUUGGCGGUGCCCAAAGGAGGCAGCUUGCGUGCAAAGGCUAGAAAAGUAUCAAGCACACUGAAGACGAGAAUGAAGGGCUUUUUCGGACGGCAAAAGUCUUCUUUUGGAUCGUCCUCCGAGAUCAAUGGUCAAUACCAACUUCGCAACACGGACGAGAGCUUCCCCAGCCCAGUGAUAGCAGCUGAAAGCGAAGGAGCAACAGUCUCCCGGGGACCAUCUCGAAUCGCGAUGCUGCAGGCUGUCGAUUCCCACCACCAGGUUGAAUCUCGUCAGGGAAGUCUCGAAAGCGUCGAUCAACAUUCGAAUACCGAUGACAAGUCGCGUGUGACUAGCUGGACCGAUUCGGUCACCAACACCGUGCUCAGCCAACCGACGCAGGUGGAUUGGGACUGUCAACGAUUGCCCGUGAUCCGCGAAAGAGGAGCCCACAGCUCUUCUCCGGCACCCUUGGAAGAUUCGACAGGCCAAGACACUGUCACAUCACAGCUGGGCUCCCUUGAUAGCCAGAGAGUGUACUCUGCGCUGAUCAAACGUGCAAACGAGAUUCAGAUGCGCCAGGCGAAGGAACGAGAAGAGAAUAUGCACGGUAUUAAGGCUCAUGGCAAAGCGCCUCCACGAAGCAGCUCUAUUGACCAGGUCAGGUCUGGUGAUUACUCCCCACCAACAAUCCGCUGUGUUCGUGACGAUAAUGACGUCUUCCAAGACAACAAGAGCGCAGCCAGAGAGAGUGCUGGGACAACUAAGAGCAACCCGAGGACCAGACCUCGGAUUUCAUAUAGCCUAACAUCAAGCGAAGGCUCGCCAAACCCGUGGUCGGGAAAGGCGAGCGACUCACCUGGCAAAGCGAGCUUUGUCACGCACCGCGAUGCCGAUCACCCCACAGCCUGCGAACGGCGGAUGUCGACAUUCUUCGCGAGCCCAACAAGCCAUAUGUUCCGCACCACCAGCCCGUUCCGGAAGGCGUUGCAAAGCAACUUGGCGGCGGCCGCUGCCGAUGACGAUACCGAGUAUCUGGGGUCCAUGUCCGCUGUCAGUCUCCCACCACGGCACCGAACCCCUGAAAAGUCAGAGAUGAACGACCACGACAGUUGCGCGGGUAGUGUUUACUCCUCAGACGCCAAGGGUUGCUCCCCUGUCUCCCGGGCACCCACUGAUGACCAUGGAAUGGCAGUGAUCUAUCUACAAGACCGCAAACGAUCGCCUCAGCCUUCGCCAAUCCGCGAAGUCUCGCACGCUAGCUCGGUGGAGUGGAAGACGUGGCUGAGCUCUCAUGCCUCUAAGCUGGACGAACCUGUCAAUCACACUUCAUCCAAGCUAUGGACCGCAAACGAGCCUCAGAUUUCACCUCGUGUGGGACAUGUGCGGGAAUGGGCGGAAAUCGACUCGUCAGGCGACUUUGCCCAGUCUCCAUCAUAUGCAGCAGGCUCGUCCACUGAAAUUACACCGGUGAGGGCCGUCGUUGACAAACCUUCUGGAGAAGCAGCCCUAGGCCGCCGGAUGGAUGAUACAGAGAACAAGGCACCCACGGGUGGGGAGGAUACAGGUGCCCUCAAGCCGCCCAUUCCCGUGCGCAGCUCGCUUCGGAUGGCACCGUCUAUGCCCGCUUUGACUGCCAGCAACCUGCGUACCGCGACGAGUGGGAAUUAUGCGACCCUUCGUCCGACUGCUUCUCUUCAAGCAAUGUCGAUGAACAGCGCUUCCCGCCGCGAGGAGGCCUUGUUGAAGCGUCGCGCUCGCAUGGAAGGGCGCGCCGGCGCCUCAUCGACACACUCCAGUCCUGGACUCACGGCCGCUGUGGAGAGGCAGUUUGGCAGGGUCGUGGUGGACACGCCGCCUCGGAGCUAUCGCAAGGACAUUGCCGGAGAGAACGUGCCCCCGAGUGCCCGCAGCGGUACAGAGCACAGUGGUAGUAAGGUAAUGGUCGAGCAAUUCUUAAGCAGUCGACGCCAGAGAGUGGCAGGCAGCACAGCAGACAGUACUAUGGGGAGCUCACCAGCAUUUCUAUGA